UCCGCGCUCGGCACGCGGGCGCCGAGGCCCCCAAGGGUGGGCUGCGCGCCGCGGAGAUCCGGCUUUGCUCAACCCUCCCGAAAGAGGAAGCGCGGAAGGGCUUGAAGCAAACACUUAGGCCGACCGUUGCAACAGCGCUCAGGGUGUCGGGCUUCUGCGGAGCCGUCGUGUGGCCCCACAUCCCUCAGCCACGGGUGGACCGAGUGACGAGAUGGGUGAGUCCAACGACGACAUAGACCAAAUGUUCAGCAAUUUGCUGGGAGAGAUGGAUCUUCUGACCCAGAGUUUAGGAGUGGACACUCUUCCUCCUCCUGAAUCCAAACCACCCAGAGCUGAAUUUAACUACAGUGUGGGUUUUAAGGACUUAAAUGAGUCCUUAAAUGCACUGGAAGAUCAAGAUUUAGAUGCUCUUAUGGCAGAUCUGGUGGCAGACAUAAGCGAAGCUGAGCAGAGGACAAUCCAAGCACAGAAAGAGUCCUCUCAGAAUCAGCAUCAUCCAGCAUCCGUAGAGGUACCAGAUUUCAGUGGAGCAGCUGCUCUUAGUUAUGGAGCAAAUGUCACUGCAAUUAGUGUUAGCCAAUAUGAGAAUGACUUACCACCUCCGCCAGCUGAUCCCAUGUUAAACCUUCCUCUGCCACCACCGCCUCCUGAACCUCUAUCUCAGGAAGAAGAAGCAGCUCAAGCCAAGGCUGAUAAAAUUAAGCUAGCAUUGGAAAAACUGAAAGAGGCCAAGGUCAAGAAGCUUGUUGUCAAGGUACAUAUGAAUGAUAACAGCACUAAGUCAUUAAUGGUGGAUGAGCGGCAAUUGGCCCGAGAUGUUCUAGACAACCUUUUUGAGAAAACCCAUUGUGACUGCAAUGUAGACUGGUGUCUUUAUGAAAUCUACCCAGAACUACAAAUUGAAAGGAUUUUUGAAGACCAUGAAAAUGUUAUUGAAGUCCUAUCAGACUGGACAAGAGACACAGAAAAUAAAGUGCUGUUUUUGGAGAAAGAGGAAAAAUAUGCUGUAUUUAAGAACCCCCAGAAUUUUUACUUGAAUAACAAAGGAAGAAAAGAAGGAAAGGAAACAAAUGAGAAAAUGAAUGCUAAGAACAAGGAAUCCUUACUUGAGGAAAGUUUCUGCGGGACAUCCAUCAUUGUACCAGAACUUGAAGGAGCUCUUUCUUUGAAAGAAGAUGGAAAGAAAACCUGGAAAAGGCGCUAUUUUCUUUUACGGGCUUCUGGAAUUUAUUAUGUACCCAAAGGAAAGACUAAGACAUCUCGAGAUCUGGCAUGUUUUAUACAGUUUGAAAAUGUCAACAUUUACUAUGGGAUUCAGUGUAAAAUGAAAUACAAAGCACCCACUGACUACUGCUUUGUUUUAAAGCAUCCCCAAAUUCAGAAGGAGUCCCAGUAUAUCAAAUAUCUCUGCUGUGAUGAUGCAAGGACCCUAAACCAGUGGGUCAUGGGAAUAAGGAUUGCCAAGUAUGGAAAGACUCUCUAUGAUAACUAUCAACGGGCGAUGGCAAGGGCCGGGCUCGCCUCUCGGUGGACAAACCAGAGCACAGUCAGCACAGCUCCACCAGCCACGUCAGCUGCGCCGUCGACAGGACUGAAAACAAGCACCCCUCAGGCCAAUGGUCAGAUCCCCCAGGCUGCCCAUUCUGUAAGCGCUGUUCUUGAAGAAGCCCAGAGGCAUGUAGAAACAACUAAGGACAAGAAGCCAGCCCUGGGUAACCAGGGCCCCGGAGCGCCCGAGGUCCAUCAGCUCCCUAAGUCCAGCCUGCCGCCACCCCCUCCCGUGCGACGGUCCUCGGAUGUCUGCAGCAGUCCGGCCACAGCCGCCAGGGCCAGGGGCCUGGGAGGGGGCUUCCCUGCCCCUGCCCCUCCCGAGGACUCUCUGCCGCCGCCGCCGCCCCCGCCGCCCCUGGACGAGGACGAGCUCCCUCCGCCUCCCCCUGAUUUUCACGAUGCGCCCCCGGACUUCGUGCCUCCCCCACCGCCGUCGUUCGCAGGGGAUGUGGGCUCGGCGUUACCGCCCCCGCCCCCGCCCCCACCGGCCCCCGAGGCCGCAAGGCCACCCCGCGUUGCCCUUAAAAGACCUCCCGCUCCCCCAAAGAGGAAAGAGAGCCCGGGGCCGGCCGUCGGGGGAGGCAGCGGAGAGCAGGAUUUCAUGUCAGAUCUCAUGAAGGCUUUGCAAAAGAAAAGAGGCAACAUGUCCUAA